ACAUACGGUUCUAUUAGUUUAGAGUGUUCUUGGUAUGUAAUAACAAAAUCAUGACGGUUAUGAUUUCACCUAUCCCUCUCUAUAUAUAUCAUAACCAACCUCUCCCAUACUCACAUCUCAUCUUCUUUGGUUCUCUUUCUCUCUGUGUCACUCUCAUUCCCUUCAAACUCCCAAGUCCCAACCAUGACAACCCACAUUGAUAACCUCUGGUGGGUGUUAGCCUUAUCCUCCAAAUGCACACAAGAAAACAUUGCAUGCUCUGUUCUCAUAAUCGCUUCACUGUGUCUCAUAACCAUGACUCUCUUCUACUGGUCUCACCCUGGUGGUCCUGCUUGGGGUAAGUACUACUCAACUUGGACAAAAUCAAACAACAAAAUCAUUCCUGGUCCAAAAGGGUACCCUGUGAUUGGGAGCAUGAAUCUCAUGCUCUCACUCGCGCACCACCGUAUUGCUGCCGCAGCAAAAGCAUGCAACGCCAAGAGACUCAUGGCUUUCAGCCUCAGCGACACACGUGUCAUCGUCACGUGCCACCCUGACGUCGCUAAAGAGAUUCUCACCAGUUCCGUUUUCGCUGAUCGUCCCAUAAAGGAAUCCGCUUACAGUCUCAUGUUCAACCGCGCCAUAGGCUUCGCCCCUUACGGCGUUUACUGGCGCACCCUCCGAAGAAUCGCCACCACCCACCUCUUCUGCCCCAAGCAAAUCAAAGCCUCCAUACUCCAACGCGCCGAAAUCGCCACUCAAAUGAUCCACUCCUUCAAAAACCACCAUGGCGGUUUCCAGGUUCGCCAGGUUCUAAAAAAAGCUUCGCUGAAUAACAUGAUGUGGUCCGUGUUUGGACAGAGGUAUAAGCUAGACGAGCCAAACAGUGGAAUGGAAGAGUUAAGAGGGUUAGUGGAACAAGGGUACGACUUGUUGGGUACCCUUAAUUGGGGUGACCAUAUCCCUUUUCUCAAAGACUUUGACCUUCAAAAAAUCCGGUUCACUUGCUCCAAACUCGUCCCUAAGGUGAACCGGUUCGUUAGUACAAUCAUCGCCGACCACCGAGCCGACAAAACCCAAACCAACCGGGAUUUCGUGCAUGUCUUGCUCUCUCUCCAAGGACCCGAUAAAUUGUCUGACUCCGACAUGAUUGCGGUACUAUGGGAGAUGAUAUUUAGGGGGACCGACACGGUGGCAGUUUUGAUCGAGUGGAUACUAGCGAGGAUGGUGCUUCAUCCUGAGGUGCAGAGGAUGGUGCAAGAGGAGCUUGACGAGGUGGUUGGCGGCGGUGCUGUGACGGAGGAGGACGUGGCGGCGAUGGUGUACCUGCCGGCGGUGGUGAAGGAGGUUUUGAGGCUGCAUCCUCCGGGCCCACUUCUCUCGUGGGCCCGUUUGGCCAUCACUGAUACGACCAUUGAUGGGUAUCACGUGCCAGCUGGGACCACGGCCAUGGUUAAUAUGUGGGCCAUAGCUAGGGACCCAGAGGUGUGGAGGGACCCACUUGAAUUUAUGCCCGAGAGAUUCGUCGACGGAGAGCCCGACUUUUCGGUUUUUGGGUCGGAUCUGAGACUCGCCCCGUUCGGGUCGGGAAGGAGGACUUGCCCCGGGAAGACUUUGGGUUUGAGCACUGUGACCUUCUGGGUGGCUAGGCUUUUGCACGAGUUUGAAUGGGUACCGUGUGAUGAAGGGAAUGGGGUUGAUCUAACGGAGGUGCUUAGGCUCUCUUGUGAAAUGGCUAACCCUCUCACUGUUCAAGUGCGUCCUAGGCGUGCCUAUUAAGCUUAUAUCAUAUCUAAGUUGACUUGAAACUUUGUUUUAAUGAGGCAAAAAAAAAAAAAAAAAAAAAGAACAGAAAAAGAAAGAGAAGGUUUAGCAUGUGGCAGGUAUAUGACCCUUUGGAGCCACUAUUAAGUGAAGGUAGAAACUUGAGUUGGCUCUGUCUCUUUAGUAUGGGUCAUCAGGUUUUUCUCUUUUUCUUGUUUUUGGUUUUUAAGUUGACCGUCAAGUCUCAAGUUGUCUGGUUAUCAAAGAGUAGAAAAAUAUCUAUUUCCGUUGUAAAUAUUUGGUGAACUUAAUACAAGUUUUAAGUUUG